AUGUCCGCACCCACUAAUGACGAAGCAAAGACGGUAAGGGACAGCAACUUGACCCGCUUCUUUGAGUUCCAGCAACAAGCUCGAAACUUCCACAACCGCAAACAAUACCUCUGCUGCAUAGUUGCUACAGCGGAAGAACUCGUAGAAAUUAAACAGGCAGACAGGUCGUUUGAGAAGUUGAUGACCGCUUUUGAGAAGAGGAUGCGAGAAUUAGAGGAGUCGAGUGUCAAGGAUUGCGGCGUUGUAAGGAUCCUGGACAUGGGUUGA